CGAUUUAAAAAAUUGGAGCAGUUCCUCCUGCAGAGAGUAUGAAAGCUGCAGGUGCAGUGUGUGGCCCUAAGGGUGUUUGUUGUCUGCCAAGCUUACAGUGAGGGGUGGAGCAGUGUGGGAGGAGUACUGUUCUCAGUUCUCAGUUCCUCUAAUAUAAAAUUUGGAUGAACCACCUCUUCGUCGAUCAGUAAAGAACUCUGCUGCAAAAUGUCAUUUACUGAUAUGCUGACCAUUAUUGGGGGAUUUGUCGUGCUUUUCCACCUGCUGAAACUGGCCUGGAGAUGUUGGUGUGGAUUCAGACAGUUUUUUUUGUCAGAUUUUUGGCAUGCAGAUUUAAGGACAUACGGGCAAUGGGCAGUUGUCACUGGGGCCACAGGUGGCAUUGGUAAAGCUUAUGCCAGUGAGCUGGCAAGAAGAGGCCUGAAUGUUGUUUUGAUAAGCCGAUCUGACGAUAAGCUUCAAAUGGUUGCCAAAGAAAUAGAGGAUCAGUAUGGACGAAAGACUCACACAAUUCGAGUGGACUUCACAGAUGGCCAAAGUAUCUAUCCUGUUAUAGCUGAAGGACUACGAGGACUGGAGAUUGGGAUUCUGGUUAACAAUGUAGGAAUGAUCUAUCCUAAUCAUUUUGCCUAUUUCCUGGACAUGCCAGAUGUUGAACAGAAAACCACUCAGGUUAUCAACUGUAACAUACUGUCAGUCCCUGAGAUGACCAGACUGGUUCUUCCAGGCAUGGUUGAAAGAGGGACAGGGUUGAUCAUUAAUAUCUCCUCUGAGGUGGCCGUUCACCCACAGCCCUUGUUGUCCCUUUAUUCCGCCACUAAGAUUUUUGUAACAUAUUUCUCUCGGUGUAUGCAUGCUGAGUACAAGUCCAGGGGAAUUACUGUUCAGUGUGUGGCCCCCUUCAUGGUGUCCACCAACAUGACGCAAAACAUGCCAGCCAACUGUCUUGUGAAGACGGCGUCGGCGUUUGCCCGGGAGGCCUUGAACACUGUGGGUCACUCCAACUACACCAGCGGCUGUCUGUCCCACGCACUCCAGAGCUCGGCUCUCACAAUACUCCUGCCAGACUGGCUUCGUAUGUCAUCGUUCCUCAUAGGAAAGCUGCUAGGCUUUGGCAAAGCUGAUUAUGAAAGAAGAGUGUGCAAGGAAAAGGAGAAGCUUGUUGGAAAGGAGGACUAGUCACAUGCCUGCAUCUGCACAGAAGCUGAAUUUGUUACUGACACUAAUGUUGAUUUUAACAGCUGAAUAUAGGGUUUUUAUAAUACAUUUAACUUCACUGUAGGUCCACUUCUCAGAUGCCUUAAAUGUGUGUCAUACUACUGGAGGCUUCAUUACACAAUGUCACAUUUUUAAGAUUAAUAACUGUCAUAUUUAAUAUAACUACAGUGAAACAAAGUUUACUUUGUUUUAGCAAUGUAAACUAAUAUAUUGGAGCAAAUUCUUUUACAGAUAAUAUAUAGUGAAUAUCUGGGUUUUUUUUAAAUUAUAUUUCUGUAGAAAAGUUUGUUUUUUUUAAACUUUAAUAUGAUGGUAACCUGGUAAGCCAGACUUUUUGUUGUAUUAAAUUUAAAAAAAUUAUUGUAUUGUGUAUAAUUUUGUAUUUUUACAUAUAAUUCACUAUGAUUAAACAUUAAAGAGCAUUAAGCAAUUGAAUAAUGUUCAUUAUAUUAAUUUGCAGAUUUAAACUUUUAUUCUGUGGUUAAUAUUUGUAAUAGAAGUAAUUUAAAACAUACAGGGUUCAGAUGGUUAAAAGCUCCUAUUGCUUUAAUAUUUAUACCAUUAAACUCAAAAAAGAUAAACAGACACAAUCUAUUUGUAUCGCAUUUUAACAAUCUUUAAAUACAUAUUUUCCACUUUUACAUUAUUACAGUUAAAAAUAUACCAAUACACAGUACAUUUGGCAAAUAUUUACUCCUACAGUGUGACAAGCAGCAGUUUAAGAUGUACAAUUACAGUAACAGAUAUUAGUUCCUCGAGGCUUCCUCAGUGGCCG